CACCGGCCGGCGUCGACGGCUGUUGCGGAGCUCCUUUCACCUUCGGGUUCGCGUGUGUGCUAAAGUCUCUCUAGCCAUCGUAUCUUUCCUUCUUUUGUGUCGAACAACAACCGUGAGACUGUUCUGGACAGUAUACCCGAUACGGUGUAUAUGUCUUCUUGACACGACCUCGUAGUACCUUCAGAGAAUUCGGUCGUAUAACGUCCGUGUUUCGAGACACUUGACCGAGUGUCUUCGUACUGUCCACACGAGAGAGAAAGAGGAAAGAAAAUACGAAUCGGUCGUUAAAAUCGGGGGAAGUGACCGAUUCGGAUCCGACGUGGAUUUUUAGUGUGCGUUUCUACGCGACGGUGAAACUCGCGCGAUAAUCGAUAGUCGAUCAAGAAGUUGGUUGGUUGAUUUCCUAGAAAUGCGAAAGUGAACAUUAUCGGGGCGAGCGCGUGCAUGUACAUCGCAGGACGAUGGCUGAACUUUGUGUUUGCCGAUUUUUCGUGAUCCUUGCUCAUCUGGCGGUCGUCUUGGUGCUCGCCCAGAACCCCAUCGAGGAGAAGACCACCUUCGAGGCUGCCUUUCAAGGAAGAUGCGGUCACGGGUCCCCGUGCGAGCAACUCUGCUACGAACUUCACGAUGGGAUGUACGAGUGCGAUUGCAAGGACGGCUACAUUCUUCAUAAAAAUGGAUACAGCUGCGCCGAGUUGAAUUCGACGUCUCCGUCGACAGGCGAACUGGGUGAAUUAGUGGAAGACGUCGAGAACGACGAAUUAACCAAGGACACAGACGACGAUGAAGAUGCUGUCGAGGAUAUACUUUACAUGCGUGGCGCGUCAUUCACGAUACACCUGGACCCGCCGCCAGAAAAUUCAACUACAAAUUCCACGAAAAUCAGCGAGGAAACUGGCGCUCCUCUCGAUCGAGUCGAGCUACGAGCCACGUCUCAGGGUCCGAAUUUGGAACAGAAGCUACCAUCCACGAUGGAGAGUAUAGUGAGCACGGAACCAGCAUGUUCGCUAGAUUGUGGCCCAGCCGGAAACUGCUAUAUCGAACAGAACCACGGGGACGACGUCGAUCUAAUCGACGACGAUGACGCGGACGACGCAGACGACGAUGCCUCGAUGGCCAUGGAUCUCGAAGGAAACGACGUGGCACCGAGACGGAAGCAAGGAUCGUUCAGGCAACGGUGUCAAUGCCCCCUUGGCAGAGGUGGAGAUCGAUGUCAACUCGAGGCCGAGGUGAGAUCACCGCGGUUUACCGGCUCUGGUUGGCUGGCGUUCCCCGCUUUAAAGGCUGCUUACAAGCACGUCCAAUUAGAACUGGAAUUCCGGCCCGAGGCUUGGGACGGUAUACUGCUGCUAGCCGGCGAGAGAGACGAUCUUCAGGGUGACUUCAUGGCCUUGAUUCUGCAUCACGGCUUCAUCGAGUUCAGGUUCGAUUGCGGGAGCGGAGUCGGCACAGUUAGAAGCACGCAAACAGUGAGGCUGAACGAAUGGAACACCCUGACCGUCUACAGACAUCGAUGGGACGCCUGGAUUCAGUUGAAUCAAGAGAAACGUGUCGAGGGAAGAUCGAAGGGCUUGUUUGCGAGGAUUACGUUCCGCGAGCCGUUGUUCGUCGGCGGCCCCGGAAACACAACCGGCCUCGAGCGUCUUCCGGUGAGGACCGGAUUUAAGGGUUGCGUCCGGCAUCUGGAAGCCAAUGAACACCGCUAUCGUUUCCCCCUUGCGCCGCAGGGAGACGCGGCGAAUGGUUUCGACGUUGAGGAGUGCACGGCGGACAGAUGCAGCAAGGUGCCCUGUUCCCAUGGCGGUAAGUGCCUGACUACUGGAGGCGACACAGCUGUAUGUCUCUGCCCCCUCGGAUACACCGGCGAUCUUUGCGAGACCAGAGUGGAUCUUCAGGUACCGUCGUUCAACGGCUCCUCUUAUCUGCGUUACCCGGGAUUGGCCGACACGUCUCUAUCCUGGCUGGAAUUGGCUGUCACGUUGAAACCGACUGCCGCAGACGGAGUUAUACUUUACAAUGGCCACCAUAGCGACGCCACUGGCGACUUCAUCGCGCUGUACUUGUCGUCGGGGCAUGUUCAGUUUACCUUUGACCUGGGAACAGGACCAGCCAGUUUGAGGAGCGAGAAUCCAGUUCGUCUGGGUGAAUGGGUGGAAGUGCGAGUGUCAAGAACCGGACGUUUGGCCUCGCUCGAAGUCGAGGACGACCCUCCGCAGGAAAUCCUGGCGCCAGGAGCUUUCACGCAACUGUCGUUGCCACUAAAUCUUUACUUGGGCGGCGCGCCAUCCACUGACAUGUACUCACCGAAGAUGAAAACGACCGCCAGCUUCGUGGGAUGCAUUCAAACGGUCAUCUUGAAUCGUCGCGAGAUUGGAAUUCUCGCCGAGGCACUGGGCGGAGUGAACGUCGGGAAUUGUGGACACGCGUGCGAGGCGAGGCCCUGCGGAGAUGCGGAGUGUCGUCCGCUCCGGGACCGAUUCACGUGUCGUUGUCGACCUGGCAUGCCGCAUCCGUGUCCUGCGCCGGACGACAACACGAUUCUGGACAGCUCUCUGAUAAAGCCGAACAGUGGCACGCGAUACGAGAGAUCCGUGCCUAGUUUCUCCGGUAGCGAGAGCUACCUUCAUUACAAUGACGCUGACACGAUGAAAAGGAUAAUAAGCUACAGGGUGGACAUCAACAUGAGAUUCAGAGCGAGUAGCAGUAGCGGGUUGUUGCUAUGGAGCGGGCGACAAGCAGAUCCGCAAGAACAAAGGGACGAGAACGACGAUUUUCUUGCUCUCGGCUUGGAUCAUGGUUAUCUGUCUUUAGCCUAUAAUCUUGGCUCCGGUGAGGCUGUUCUACGAUACAACUUAACGAGACUGGACGAUGAUCUAUGGCAUCGGGUCCGGGCAGUCAGGAACGAACAGUGGGCGUCGUUGGUCGUCGAUAGCGGAACCGGAGUAUCCGCGUCAUCGCCUGGACAGCUCAGACAGCUGAACACUGACACGGGUCUUUACGUCGGUGGUGCACCGGAUAUCGUGAGGACAACGGGAGGAAAAUACACGAAGGGUAUUGUUGGUUGCAUCAGCGACCUGGUCCUCGACUCAGACUUCUCCGUGGCGCUAUCGUCACCAGGACAAGCCACCAACACACACUCGUGUAUCCCCUGAAAGAUAUCCAUGCCGUCCGACGUUAGAUGGUUAGGUCCGCGUGGACCAGCGCUUAGGAUAUGAAAAUGCGAUGAAUAACGCUGGCCAAGCCAGAGAUCGACGUCGUUGCAACAGCGUUUAAGGUGAAUCGCGGCCGCCUUGAGACGCCUUGAACGCUGAACCACGUUUCGACGUGGAAAACGAUUUAUACACACCGAUCACGCGGUUCAUCAUUUUUGUACAGACUCAUCAACGACGAAAUUCUCCCGAAGAGAAUAAUAAGGUAACAGAAAAGAAAAAGAAAAAGAAAAAGAAAAAGAAAAAAAGAAAAGGCUAACAAAAAACAAAAUACACAUAAAAAGAGGAAGAAAAUAAAAUAAAGAAAGAAAGAGAAAGGCUACGUCGUGUGAGACCGUCGAAAAAGUAGACAGCUUACUGUAAAUAUUAAUGAAAGAUAUUUGGAAAUCUGUCAGUCGCCUCGAGAUAUAUUUCCGUUCGAUGACAACUUCCUGUCUGCACACAUCUUCGUGUCUCGUGGGCUACUCGAUCUCGAGACGAUAUCGAGACCUCCGAUAUUCGAUGAUAAGGAAGAAAAUAAAUAAAAAAAAAAAACUCUAACUUGUCCUACCUUUAGUAUGGUGUUGCGUUUGAAUGCGUUGCGUUGCACGCGCGAACUACACGGAUCCAAAACGCGAGUCGAACGAUGUUAAAGAACAUUGUCGAAUCUGCCCGAUCUGAGUUCCUGCGAAUCGUCGUUCCUAUCGCGCGUUUGGACGGAAGUUGUUACGUAAGGAAUGUGCGUCUAGUCACAACUACGAUUGUCUCCGGCCGGAUUAAGAACUUGAUAGAGCGCGUCACGAAGACGGCUUUAUGGCCUAAUAAGAUUAAAGUACGUAGAAAAAGAUGAGAAAGAGAAAAACAAGAAGCAUAACCCCUUCGCGUCAAUUUUUAUUAAGCUCUCCGACCGGAUGUCGCGCGAAAUCUUUCAAUCGCGAGGCAUUGUCAGUUUCAAUCGGUCAAAUAAUCGAACACGCUCGAAUCGAAGUAACGAGGCACCUUAAAUACGUCCAACCAGUUCACGCCACACACCUCUUAGAUCAUCGUCUAAGAUUUCUCACGAUAUCUUUUCUUUGGUAACCGCACGACACGCGACAACCGAUAUGUAGCGAUCAUUUUGUUUCUCGUUCGAGCGACCACGCCUCGAACACUCGAUAGGGAGGAUUAGAUGCAGAACAGAACGUUAAAUCAAUUACGAAAGGUACAAGAAGGACCAAAAGCAAUUAACACCUUUAACAACGAUGCAAAAGCGAAUAGAAUUUCUGGGGAAAAUCGAACGUUGUACAUGGAGAAAUUAUUUUCCCUCCUAAAAACGAAAAUAUGAUACUUCCAUUGUUCAGGCUUCGUUAAUUUACUCGAAAUUAAUAUAAGAUCUUACGUAUUUAAGAUGAAUAUUUUAAAUUUAAAAUUCUAUCGAUGGAUGGAAUAUUAAUCCAUUCGAAAUAUUCCUUUGGAAAUAUGAUGCGGAAUAUGACGGCGGAAUCGCAAUUUUGAAACGUACAAAUAUUUUCCCUAUGUAUAACCGGCAAUUUUUCAAAGUUCUCGUUGCUUUUGCGUCCGCUCGACAUGCACGCGGGAUGAAGAGGAUCGGCAUCGUGCGUGCAGAGGAUCUGCGCGCCCGUCUUUUACAAGAACCACUAAUGCUUCGUAAGGUACUUCCGUAGCUGGCAGUGUACGCUCCUCGACGUUUCCGCUUAAGAAGCACCGAGCUGCACGUUCUAACGGUUAAAUAUCUGUAUAAAAAAAGUAGCGACUUAAUUACGAAGAUGUCCCCGCAUAUUUUCUUAAUUCGAUAAGACUUUUCCAAGCGACCCUGAACGAACGGAUCUCGUAUACAUGUUAACCCCUUCGACGUGGUAAAUUGAAAGGAAACGAUAGAGUUAAAAUGAUAGAAGAAAUAAGCCGAAAGUAUUCCGAGUACUACGAUAUGGGUAGAAUCGUAAACAAUUGGAAAAAGAAUAACUUCACGAAUUCAAUAGAAAUUCGAAUAAAUGCGUAUCGAGAGAGACGGGCACUUUCCGGCAUUAAACCUCAGGAAAAAAAAGUUGUUUCAUCGAUAGUUACGUAACUUUAUAGAUUAUACGAAACAAAGUUCUAAAGCCUGGUUUGGCAUUCCUAUCAACCGAUUCAACUGUUCCGUUAUACUACACAGCAGUUCCAAAAAGGCAGUAAAACUUUAUCGCAACUUCGUUUUACGCGAAUUCGUGCAAAUCGAUUUGACAGACUGUGUAACAGUUCGCAAAACUAAACUUUAUCUUCGUGAACACGUAAUAACGUUUCACUUAGAGGUCUACCUGUACGUAUAUCGACAAAAUGAUUUCUAGCUGUACUUUGAAAAUGUCGAUAAACGAGUAAAAAUGUCGAAUGGGUUAAAAGAAAGGAACCGGUCGGAAUCUAUCGGUCAGGUCAAUACGUAUACAUGUCAUAUCUUAACGAGAACGCGGAUACGGAAGAAGAAUAAUAAUGAACAACGGUUAGGGGGAUAGAUAUGGAUAUAUUAUACACUUUGAUUUCUCCGUUUUGCACGGGAAUGAUUUGAAAACUUCGAACGAUCGAACUCGUACACAUCAUGUAAAAGCAAUCGGCUGUAGUCAAUUUUGUACGAAUGUUAUUUUCUUGAAAUUAUAUAAAUGAAGAAGUGGAAUAGGGCAAAAAUAAUAUCAAAGAUGAAUGGUAGUUGCGUAGGCAAGUAUAAUACUAUAAUAAUAAACGAUUAUUCGCGAGUGAAGUCUAGCGAUGUGAAGUCACGCACGAGAUGAAAAUAUUUUAAAACUCCGAUCUCUCGGAGACAUACUUUUACUUCAUUUCCUUUCUACGCCCUUUCUUGCCUCCUUCCUUCCUUCCUUCCUUCCUUCCUUCCUUCCCUCCUUCUUUAUUCCCUUCCAUCCUAUCAUUUCCCAGCACAAUUUUUAACAACGUCAAUGUGUGUGUGUGUGUAUCAAUCUCUGAACGAUUCUCCAAGCUUCGUAAUAUGCUUGUAUAAACUUUGUUCGUGGAGAUCGUUUCGCUGGAACAGCGAAGCAUUUUUGUACAAAAAUCGCGCGACACUGAGCAAGCUUCUUUUUCAUCGCGCGUAGAAAAAUUGCACUUGUUCCACGCGUUUCAUUUGUAUAUCGUGCGUUUCACUUUUCUCCUGUAUUCGCGCUUGAAACAAGGUUCCUGGACAAUUUUUCGCUAUUAGCGUGUAACCGUGCGUAUCUUUUAUUUAUCGACGAUCAUCAUCAUCAUCAUCAUUUUAGAUCUCCUCGUUCGCGAGCAUCGUGCGCGUCAGACAUUGAUUUUUCUUAGUACAAUUAGACGAUUAAGGGAAUCGCUUAGUUCGUCGAAUAAAUCUCUCGGAACAUUUUGCUUAUAUCGAUUAAAUAAAUCGUGGCACAUUAAACGAUUCUAUUUCUUGUACGUUGGCUGGAUAUAUCAGAUUGUUUCAUGACGUUUGAUAUCCCAAACUCGCGUCUGACGAACGAAACUGUGAACUUUCAGUGAAUAUAUCGCAUUUAUCACUUACCUUUAAAAUCGAAUCUGUUUAAUCUUAAAUUAAAUUCUUCCGAUUUUUGUGAAACAAUCUGAUGACUAGAAACAGAAAAGUUUAUGUGAAUAGUGUUUUCUCCGAAAUAUUUCAACGAAAUAAUUCAACGUUAGUAAAUUUCUUAAAUGACUUUACCGAAAUU